AUGUUGCAGCUGUCCCUAUCCCUGCUGCUUUUUCUGGCUCUAUUCGCUGGCCUAGAAACAGCACCCUCGCCAUCAACUGGAUUGCAAAAAGAGAAACUCGUGCGGGUAUAUGAGAUCAACGAAUCGCAGUACAAUCGGGUUUUGCAGCUGACCGAGGGCAAGAAAUACAUAUCGGAGGCUAGGUUGAUCAAUGGAGGCAUAGCCACCGUGACCGAUACCUUGAAUUCCGGCUGGAACUCUUUUCUGCGCGUCGUGGGUCUGACCACUGUCACCAAGGCUGAUGAGGCCGAGAAGGUGGACUUAGAGAGCCAGCCCUUGUGUGUGAUCAAGACCCGAGAGGGCGAGGGCAGGGAGGAGAAUGUGACCUACGCUCGAAGCGCGGGAGGAGACAUUGAGGCGGAAGAGGAGGACUCCACAAUCCACUGCAUUGUGGUCCUCAAGCAGGACGGCGACUUUGAGCUGCCAAGCCAGGAUCCCCAUCCGAACUUCAUUCAGUACUGGAAUAAACCUGAGAGCUCCACUCCUGUAGAGCAACCCCCUGUUCAAAAUCAGCCUCAAGAGGUGCCUGGGGAGGAUGAGACCCCUGAGGAGACCACUCCAGCUCCUUCAAAAAAGAAGAAGGUUAACAAGAGCACCUAUCCUAAGGCAGCUGAUUUAGAGAAGGGCUCUGAUAGUUCCCGUCAAAAUGCAGGUGUUUACUUACCAGUUCCGCCUCAGUAUGGAGCUGCCUAUCCACCACCUCCCUAUGGCGGCUAUCCCUACACAAUAUCCCAGCCUUACCCCAACCCGCUACCUUAUCCCAAUCCCCAGCUUUAUCCCUACCCCCAGCCCUAUGGUCCUCAACUUCCCAUUGGACCUUCACCCUAUAGACCGUCUCCCUAUGGGCCGUCUCCCUAUGGACAGUCACCCUAUGGACAGGUGCCUUAUGGACCUUUCCCCGAGCCAGUCCCCCAGCCGCCCAUUGGCCCCUAUCCUCAGGCUGCUUAUGGACCUUAUGGAUAUCCCUACCUGGAUCUUCAGGCCCAGUUGGCCCAAGCAAAUGCCAUCAUCGAAGUAGAGAAAGCCGAGGAGGAUGAGGAUGAUGAGGUUCUGGAAGAAUAUGAAGACUCCUACGAGUCCGACGAGGAAGAUGACUAUCGCUAUAAGAAACGUUAUCACUCCCAAAAGCCUUUGUACCCUCAAGAACCGUAUAAUCACUAG